AUGGAGCACGCAACACAAAUUCAAAAGGCGAGAGUGGAAAAGAAUGUGUAUUUAUAUCUGAUAAUGCUUUGCUCUGUAGCCGGCUUCCUCCUAUGGACAACAGUUCCUGUCCACACCGCAAACUUACCCCCCACAGUCACUGUCCGCAAUGGAACGUAUACCGGAGUGCACAAUCCUACAUACGAUCAGGAUUUUUUCCUGGGCAUACCGUAUGCACAGCAGCCGGUAGGAGAUCUGCGGUUUACUGUGCCACACUCAUUGAAUGCAAGCUGGGAGGAUGCGCGCGAUGCGACACGGUACUCGGAUAUUUGUGUUGGAUAUGGAACAGACUCAAUCUGGUACCCGCGUUCAGAAGCUUGUCUUACCCUGAAUGUCAUCCGGGGUUCAGCAGCCAACAAGGACUCGAAGCUUCCAGUUGGAGUGUGGAUUCAUGGUGGGGGAUUCUACGAGGGCUCUGGGGCUGAUGAGCGUUAUAAUACAUCCGAAAUCGUGCGAAAGUCAUAUCAAAUUGAUAAACCGAUCAUUGCUGUCACACUGAACUACAGACUGUCAGCAUGGGGCUUCAUCAGCUCAAGUCAGGUCUCCGGUAGCGGAAAUACCAACCUCGGAUUGAGAGAUCAGAGGCUGGCGCUUCAAUGGAUCCAGGAAAAUAUCGGUGCCUUUGGCGGUGACCCCGAGAAAAUCACUAUCUGGGGCGAGUCCGCCGGUGCCAUGUCAGUGGGGUAUCAUCUCACAGCAUAUGGCGGACGGGAUGACAAGCUGUUCCGAGCGGGGAUUAUGCAAUCUGGGGGAUCCAUAGCUAUAAGGGCAUCAAAUUGCACGACAUUUCAAUCACAAUACGACAGAUUAAUCUCCAAGGUUGGCUGCUCGGAUGUCGUGGAUUCGUUGCAAUGCCUUCGGGAAGUACCAUUUGACAAACUUAACACUGCUCUAAAUGGCACCAAGGGCGAAUCCGAUUACAACUUUUUCCCGGUCGUGGACGGAGACUUGAUUCGGAAUUGGGGUAGUAUCCAAUUAAACAAGCAUGCAUUUGUCAAAGUCCCAAUCAUUAUCGGCAGCAACACAGACGAAGGAACGGCAUUUGGACCGACUGGGAUCAACACCACAGAGGAAUGGUACGAAUAUUUGACAGAUGGCGGGUUCAACUUCAAAACACCUCCUAUUGUAGCCAAGCGCAUCCUCGAACUCUACCCCGACGACCCGUCGCAGGGCAUUCCCGCAUACCUUGGAGACCGGCGCGUGGCUUCCAAUGGGUACGAAUGGCGCCGCACCUCCGCCUUCGCAGGUGACUGGAGCAUGCACGCCAACCGCCGCCGACAGUGCGAAGCAUGGGCCAAGGCAUCAACGGCUGCAUACUGCUACCGAUUCAAUGUGCGCUCGGCCGAUGUGCCGUUCCUCUCAGGUGUAACACAUUUCGAGGAGGUAGCAUUUGUGUUCCACAACAUCGCGGGGCUGGGAUAUCACUACGGCAAGCCGUUUGCCGGUGUGUCGCAGUCGUACAUUGAUCUCAGCUCUAUGAUGGCUAACAUGUGGGUGUCCUUCAUCCACGAUCUAGAUCCUAAUUCGGCUGUCGGGGAGGGCUCUGUGCGUUGGGAUUCUUACACUACUGGAAAGCCAGUUGAUCUGGUUCUCGAUGCUAAUACGACCAGUCGUAUGGAGGCUGAUACAUGGCGCAAGGACGGGAUCGAGUACAUCAGCUCGGUAGCGCAAGCUUUCUGGCGGUAG